UUGCCCCGCAACGCGACUUUACGGCCCAUGACGCGCCGGAAGUUACACAGCAAGCCCACUGCUGUUUACAAUCUACACACUUCUUCCGGCUCCUCACAACCAAGACCAAACAACAACAGGACUGACCAGCUGAUUGCACUCACUAGAUCAUGUCAGUCCCCGGAACAUCUAGUACGAGGCCGCUAACUCUUACGGAGGAGCUGGAAAAGCUCGAGCAAUCCAUUACUUUGACGCUGCAAGAGAUCGAUUCCAACUUUAGCAGAGCGCACCGCAUUGUCACCACGAAUAUCCUGCCACUAGUCGAGCAAUACGGCGAGCAUUCCAAAUCAGUCUGGGAAUCAACCAAGUUCUGGAAACAAUUCUUCGAGGCAUCGGCCAAUGUUUCGCUUUCGGGAUACGAAGAGCUUGCCAAUGGCAACGAAACCACAGUCUUGAAUAGCAACGAGGAAUCAACAUCCGCGCACGAUCAAACCACCCCAGCUGGAACACCUCACCCCCAGAGCGCCGGUCGCAGCCACGACAUCACAAUCGAUGAUGAGUCGUCUGCUACGUUCAAUGCCCAAGGCCAAAACCAGGUCCGACAGCGCACAACAAACGAUUCCGUCUUGACCGAUACUGGCGAUGACCUCAGCGGGAGCACUCCCCGUCCACCAGCGACCAAAUCGAUACCUUCCCGACCACAGUUCGCCAAUCUCGACUCUCCAUACGAGCAACUCAGGCGCCGCGAGCUCAAGGCCGCCGCUGAGGCGAGCAAAACACCCGGGUUCGGUUCUGGUUCCGGCGGCGACACCAUGGAAGACGACGACAGCGAGCUCAUCUUCCAACAACACACAGCCCGUCUACCCGACAUGUCCAUGACCCCCCACCGCGCCCAAAACACCCCCUUCGGCGAGCAACAACAGCAGCGCGGCGGAACAGCCAACAAGGACCCCAUCCUCCACCGCAUGCCAGACCGGAACUACCGCGUCGGCGCAACGCCACACAAAGGCCACCAGGCGAGCGGCGUCUCCCCAAUCAAAUGGAAAGUCACCGAGAAGAAACCACCGCUCAUCGACCCCAAGGGCAAAGGCAAAGCCAGAGAAGAAAAACCACUCUGGCAAGACUCCUUCAUGUCCUCUCCCGAGAUGGAAGUCCCCCAACUACGCUCCGCGGCAUUCAUGUCCCCCAUCCGCUCCGCCUACCGGGGCAACACCCGCGCCGCCGCCGCCGCCUACGCUGCCCGCUCCGCGCCCCGAACGCCAGGCGUAAGCGUCCAGACACCGUUGGCUGGACGCAAGACCAAAGAUGUCUUUAGCGCCAACGCCGCCAACGCCCACACAAACGCCGGCAAGACGCCCAUCCCCAAGGGGACGGUGGAAGCCAAGAAGCGGUAUCUGGAGGAAAUCGAUUGGGAGAGCGACAGUGAGCAGGAUCCCUUUGGGGGCAUGAGUCCGCCCAAGACGAUCCAGUUUGCGUUGCCGCCGUCCAAGCUGUUGCAGACGCCGGCGAGGGAGGCGAGUAAGAAGAUUGUGGAGAAUUUACUGUUGACGGCGGGGGAGAUGCCGGAAGGGGAGUCGGAGUUUAGUCCGAGCGUGGUGAAGAUGAAUCCGGAUUUGAUGGAUGAGACUUUUUAGUUUGGGAGCACAACGGCAUGGGACAGGAUGGAUGAUAAUGAUUAUACCCCUUUUGUUUUUGUCUGUUAGGAAAAAGUAAUCGCUCGACCACAGUUGGUUGCUUUCAUGUGAGGAAUAUCCCGAUCAUCGAACAUGCACUAUAUACCCGU